AUGACUCCCCCUGCUCAUGUCGAAUGUUGUUGCGUCAAGGCAACAACGGUACUUCCACCGAUACCCCAUUUCUGAGUUCUCAGACUGCAUGCCCGUCAUGUUAAGGGCCUAAGUUGAAGUGUGGCGAAUGACGAUACGGUCGAGGAGUUGAGACGUUUAUAGUAUUGCUUCGCUGUUUCCGGCAUGAGGCGUUUGACAUCUCAUCAAAGUCCGGUUGUCCCAGCAUUCAACAACGUGUGAUGAGCUUGUACUGAGUUCCAAAACCCGGUGACAUAAUAAUUUUAACUGUCUGCUCUUUGACUUAGAAUAGUACGGUAAUAUUCUUCCUGCCAUCAUGGUUCUUGCCCAUAUAACUUUCAAGAAGGGCGAGAAGGAAAGAGAUAAACCCUCUGUUGUCCAGUCACCUACUUCAAUAGCAGUGCCAAAUCAUCAGUCAACCCCAUCGACAUCGUCCACUGUUGGUUCGCCGACUUCCAAAUAUCAUCCGUCAUGGCUUCUUCGGCGCAAACCGAGUAUCAGCUCCAGAAGGACAGAUGCACAAGAUAAUCCUUUGAGCGACACCGAGUCGCCACCUACUGCCAGCAGCUCCAGCUCUUUUAACGUCCAGUUAGGAUUCUCUCCGAAAAGAUGUGCUAGUGAACUCGAGAAAGAGUCGGAGAGCAGCAGCAGUCAAAAGGAUUGGGCCAGAAUACUUCGUAGUAGAUCUACUAGUGAGAGUCGAUCCCGCGACGGCAAUCCUGGUGACAGACCUUCAUCGUCAUCCAAAAAAGCAGGUUGGAGUUAUUCGAGACAGAUGCAUGAUGGAGACGCCAGUGCACGAGUGCCGACUCCGUCCGAGGCCAUGGAGAAUGUCCUGAAAGACGACGUCUUUGGAUUAUCUGAAAGUAUGGGCACUUUAGGACUAGUUACAGAUGUCAGGCGUGAUGUGAAUGCUAAAAUUGCCGACGACCAAGCUGCCUUGAUCAAUGGCAUGACGUUUCCAAGCUCUCCCCCAACACCUUCCACGCUCAGCAAAAUACCAUUAUCAGCCACUCCUAUCGUCUACCCCACCCCUCUCUCCCCUCCUCGCCGUUCUAUACCUCAAUCUCCUCGAGCUGCGCAACACAUACAGCGUCAACAAAGACCAGAUACUCCCCCCAGCAUCUCCCGUGCUCUUACAGGGGCAAACAAGCCGAAUGUAGACUCCUCUAAUCGAUAUCUCAGGUCAAUCUCUCCUUCACCUUCUCCAGCCUCUUCUCGUAUAUCCCCGCAGUCUCUCAACCAAUCUCAACUGCCUCGUGUACCUGUUGUAACGACCGAAUGGCUUAAGCGUAAACCUUCUACAGGUCGGCUACGUCACAAUGCUUCUUUGUCGGUAGACAACGUGCCUGUUCCGCCUUCUCACCCAAUGUCAAGUACCGUUACAUCACCUCGGCCUGUUCAAAAUGAAGAAAAGCCCAAAGCGUUAGAUGAGUCUCCUCAAAUUGAGCAGAGGACCACCUCUUCUAACCGUAACCGCAUUGUGUCCCAUUCGUCUUCGACCAAUUCUGACAUCGACGGAGUUUCAUCUUCCGACGGAGAGAUUGGGUUCUCAAGUCCUUAUCGUAUUCUUCAUGGAACAACGCCCUCAAAGUCCACAACGAGACCGUCUGGUAAUGGUCCUGACAGAGGCUAUGAAGUUAAGAUCACUUGCUUGGAUGAUCGGGCAGAUAAUGAAGAGAUGAAAUGGCAGGUCACUAUUCGCCAGCGGUCAUCCAAAAACUCUUUGCACCAUCCGACAAGUCCUCUCCAGUUGAGUACAGCCACAAGUUUAGCACAAGCACCGGCCACAGCCAGUUCAAUCAAUCUCAGUUUAUCAUUAGAUAAACCUACGGGUAAGCUGGUCUUUAUCAGUUUCCCCAUGGAUAUUCACGCCACUCCAACUACAAGGCGGCGGAGAGGUUCACACUCCCAGCCACCCACUUUGUCACAGACAUACACAACUUCACCCAAGAAUAUGUCUGCGCCUAACUAUCGACCUGUCACCCCUCCCCCGAUUCCUAGGACAAUGGGUGCUACCACGUCGAGACCGACGACACCAACGUCAUCUGUGCGUAAAAAGCCCCCUCCAGCUUGGUCACCACCAAUUGCGCCGGAGGAUGGAGCGGGUUCAGCUUGAGUAGAAGAAAGGAGUGGGAUGGAAUUGAGAACAGAUGUAGGACGGAGUUAAGAAAGGACAUUCACCAAAAUGAACAUGAAUGAACGGUAGACUCAUGCAGAAAUGCAUACAGUCAAUCAACGACAUUGA